UACACUUCAAAAAAAUAAAAUUGCGUCCUCUAAAAAACGCAAGGUAAGGCCUAAAAAAUGUAACAUUUCAAUAGACUAACUACCAGUACACUUUAUAUAGAGACAAGGGUUACACUUUGAUCUUACAAAACCUUCUUUAAACAUUACAGUAUUAAAUUUAGUAUUCCAACAUUUAGGAGAACUUUUAAGACCAUAGAGUGAUUUAUUAAAUUUUACAGUACUUUUGUUACCUGAAUAUACUCCUUCUGGUAAGCUAACAUAAACAUUUUCAUUGAUAUUUCCAUAUAGAAAUGCUCCAGUCACAUCCAUUUGUAUUAUUGGCUAAUUAAGUUUAGUUGCAAUUACUACAAAGAGCCUAACCGUUGACAAUUUUGCAACAGGAGCAUAACAGUCAUUUAAGUCUAAAAUACUGUCUUGUUCGAACCCUCUGGCCACUAACCUUGCUUUAUAUUUAGGAAAAUAUUGGUCAUCCCUUUUAAUUCUAAAUACCCAUUUGCUACUUACAACUUUUUGAUUUUCCGGUACAUCACAUGUUUCCCAAGUAUUAUUUUCUUCUAGUGUUUGUAUUUCUCUAUCAAUUGCUUCCUUCCACUUGGUACUGUCACUUCUCAUCAUGGCCUCUGCGUAAGUAAUCGGUUCACGCUGUUCAUUAUGCACAUUUUGACAUUGAUAGAAAACAGUUGGUUUCCAUACCCGCUUGCUGGGUUCUCUUUGACCUGCCUCAAUAACUGACUCUAUUGAGCUGUCACUAUCUUCACUUGGAUUAUAUUCCGUUCCAGGCUCAUCUGACAUACUCACCAUGGUUUCAUUAACCUUCCUGUACCCGCGCUAAAUAGUGUAACACCUGUACCCGCGCACGGUGUAACGGACCGAAACCUUAAAAUCCGUAACUUUGAUUUUUUUGGGAAAACCUAUUGGAAACUUAUAUUGUAUUUAAAGUUAGGGAUAUGUUUAAUAAAUUAAACCAUUUUUUUUACAAUUAUUUGCAUUUAUUAUUGUUGCACAGUCUUCAGAAACAGCCAUUGAAAAACAUUAGUUAUUCUUACAAAUUAAGAUAAAAUGAACCUAAAUUAAAAUUCUUCUUCAACAUAACAUAAAGAUCUUCGUAAAUCUUCUAGAUAACAGCUGGUUUACUCUCCAAAUCAAUUUUAAUUUCAAUCUAAGACCAAUCCGAUUCCAAUCUCAAUAACGCUGUCACAAUAUUCGGUACUCUUGAAAGCAAUGUUGUCAACAUUGGAUUGAAAUUGAGAUUGUCCCACGAUUGUGUUUUGAUGAGUGAAGUUAGUUACACACUAGUGUUGUUAUACAAAUUACAAUAAACCGGUAAAACGUCUUUAAUAUGAAAAAUCUUACAAAUAACAAGUCAAAUAAAUUAAAUAUGAUAUGGAUUAUUUUAUGAUUGAUGAACUUCCACGUUUCAAUUCAUUUUACCUGUGAAUAUUAUUAAAUUUAUGAUAUUACCCAUGACUCUGGCUGUAUGCGAUAGGAUCGUGGCCACUACGCUAUUUAGAAAAAGUGAUCCUAAAUGGUCUCCAAUUUCAAAAUACGAAUUACGAAUUAUUGUUAGCGUUUAGAACAUUCUACAGUUUGAUUUUACAAAUAUUAACUAUUUUAGUUUCAAGUGGUAAGUAAACUAUUAUUAUGUGCUCUUUAUACUUACAAAAUUUAAUAUCAAAGUAUUUUUUCUUUGAAAUUUUUAUAUUAGUCGGUGCAUUUAAAAUAUAGUGUUAAAGUGAAUGAUUUUUUUUUCUUCAGUGACAAUGAAUCGUCCAAUUUACGCUCAGCUCGAAGGUUUAGUGGAAUUCCUGGAGCAAAAUCCAGGUAUUGCUAAAGGGUUGUUACGGACUGCUCAAGCCAAAAUCGAGACCAAAAGGAAAUGGGCAACUGUAGCAACAUCUUUAAAUGCUCUUGGAGGAGCUGUUAAAGAUGGUCAAGGAUGGGCUAAGUACUGGGCAGAGAAGAAAUGUGCACUAAAGAAACACUGUGCACAGUAUGCUGCUUCAGUUAGGCGCACUGGUGGUGGGUCGGCAGAUAACUUGCCCACAUUGUCUGCCAUAGAAAAGAGAUUGAUGGCAGUAAUGGGUGGCCAUGAAUUUGCUAUUGGCGACAGACAUUUAACAGUUAAUCCAUUCCCAGAAUUGGCAACCCCAGAAAUAGCUACAGAACAAAAUGAAGAAAUACAGAUAUUUGAAAAUAUCCAACUAUCCCCCAUACCUACUACAUCAGAGGGUGAUGCAAUGCAAGCAACAUCCAUAAUUCCACCGAUAACACCUGCGCCAGUUCAGCCCACCACACAGCCACCACGUCGGCGUCGCUCUUCAAUUCGGAGGCCUGUGGAUGAGAUGGAACGCUUCGCCAAUAUUGAAGAGCGACGCGUUGAAGCAGAAAUGCUAACUGCGCGAAGUCUAGCUGAAUUAUCACAGCAAAUGGGCAAUAUUGCCAAUGCUUUAUUAGCUAUCUCUAAUGCCAUUUUAGAAAUGGCUAGAAGAUAAAAGGUGUCAGAGCCUUAACAUUAUUGUCCAUUUAUUUGUGAAUGAAAGUAGUUUAUAUUUUGUAGUUUUAAUAUAUUUUUUUUGUAUGGGUUAUAUUUUUUGUUAUGGGGU